CUCCUUCUCCCCCGCUCCAGUACACUCACUCUCACUCUCUCUCCUUGGCCGGCCGGCUCCCUUUUUAACCACCUCUGCGCCCUCCACCACCUUACACAGCACAGCACAACCACACUCAUUCACCACCCAGCGAGCUCAUCACAACCACACGCGCCUUCUCCCAGUCCCAGCUCACUCGGGCCGGCCAUGAUGAGCGGCGGCAGGAUGAACGAGCCGGCGAGCGACGACUUCCCGUUCGGGGCAAUGCAGCCGCCGCCCUACGUCGGCUUCGAGCACGCCGGCGGAGGAGGUGGCCAGCGCCAUCAGGGCGCGAUGAUGUACGACAACUUCGACUUCGCGGUCGCGGCGGCCGCCUUCGGCCAGUUCCAGGACGCGCCGCACCACCAGAUGCUGGCGAUGCCGCCGAACGGGAGCGGAGCAGGCGGGCUGGUCCCCAUGGCGCCGCCGCCCAUGCCCAUGCCCGGGAUGCAGCUGCAGAUGCCGCCCAUGCCCCACGGUAUGCACGGCCACGGCGACGUGUGCCCGUCGAUGGGGAUGGUGAAGCGCGAGGGCGGCGCCGGGGACGCGGGGAGGAUCGGUCUGAACCUCGGCCGGCGGACCUACUUCUCCCCCGGAGACAUGAUGGCCGUGGACCGGGUGCUGAUGCGGUCCCGUCUCGGCGGCGUGUUCGGGCUGGGAUUCGGCCGCGCCCACCAGCAGGCGCCCCGGUGCCAGGUGGAGGACUGCAAGGCGGACCUCUCCGGCGCCAAGCACUACCACCGGCGCCACAAGGUCUGCGAGUACCACGCCAAGGCCGCCCUCGUCUCCACCGCCGGCAAGCAGCAGCGCUUCUGCCAGCAAUGCAGCAGGUUCCACGUGCUCAUGGAGUUCGACGAGGCGAAGCGGAGCUGCCGGAGGCGGCUCGCAGAGCACAACCGUCGCCGGAGGAAGCCGGCGGCCGGCAGCACGGCGACGUCGUCGAAAGACUCGGCGCCGCCUUCCAAGAAACCCAACGCCGGCGCCAUCUGCAGCUCCUACACCGGCGACAACAGCACUUUGAGCGCGACGAAAUCGACCAUCUCCUCCAACACGAGCGCGAUCAGCUGCCUCCAGCUGCAGGGCCAGGCCAGGGCGGCAGCUGCGGCGAGGCCGACGGCGCUCACCCUCGGUGCGCCGCCGGAGAAGGACGACCAGCAGCAGCAGUUCAGGAACGCCAUGCAGCUCCACCACCAUCAGGAGCACCAGCACUUCAUCACCUCCCUCCUGCACGGCAACAUCAAUAACAGCAACAUCCUGUCGUGUUCCUCGGUGAGCUCCAACACGAUGCCAUCGGCGGUGGCGGCCAACGGCGAGGACGACAACAACAACAUGCAUAUGUUUGAGGUGGACUUCAUGUAGACGUUGGAUCUUGAGCAGUAAGCUUAACAUAAUUAUCUUACCACAUUAGAUGGUAAGCCGAAGUGUUUUGUUUCCACUGCUUAUAUGGCGAGGUCCAGUGCUACGGUGUAUUGGGGCUUUAGCAACAAAGUUGGUAGGUAAUCUUGUCAGAGUCUUAUAGUAAUUAUGAUAGGUUGAUAGAAGUACACGACUUGGAAAUUGUAUAAGCACAAUCCUAGCACUGGUAUUUGGAGUAGUAGUAUAGCCCUGGUCUCCUAGAUGGAGGCGAGUAGUGUAAGCUUAGGAUGGGUGUGUCCAGCUUGGUUACAGGAUCAAGCUUUUGUUACGUGGGAUUUUGAGAGAAAUAAAGAGAACAGGCAGAGGCACAUGACAUCACGUGCCUUUGGCAAAAGAUCUUGUA